AUGUUUUCGUCAAACAGACGAAAAUCAACUUCGGCAAAAUCUGUUAUAGUUCCUCAAACAAAAGGCAACUACCCUUCCGCGAAAAAAAUAUCCUCCACAACCACCAAAACUCCUUCCUUAAAUGUUCCCAAUCAAGAACACGUUACUGAAGAUGACAAACCACCAAAUGCAAUGGUUACAAAAACAACCACUACAACUACGGUUACUACUGUCACAACUACCACAGUUUCUCCUAAAGAUCUUGAUACUGAUUGUGCCGAUCUUAAUUUAAAUCGUAACUCGCAUAAAUCUCAAGAUAAUAUACAAAAUUGUCCCAGUUCAUCGACAGUAAAACCAACUACGUCUUCUGAGGACACGUGGGAUGAAGCAAACGAUUCAUCAUCGACUUUAAAACCUUCAACUGUGAAUAAAAUUCCUAUUAAACCUUCUUCAUUACCAAUAAAGAUUAAUAAUUCAAGUCAUGAUGAACCUUCAUCUUCUUCAAAUCCUAAAAAUGAUCCAAUAACCUCCUCUUCUACUAAACCACAAUCUUCUUCACUCAUCGAGAAAAAAUCUCAUCGUAAUAGAAGUUCUACUAUAUUUAAUUCGAAUUCUACUAUAGAACCUAAGAUUACAAGUAUUAGGAGUUCGAUGAUUUCCGGAGUAAGUCCUACCAAACUACCUCGAACGCAUAAACGCACGGGAUCAGCUCCUAUUCUAAAUGGUUUAUCCAUGCCGAUUAAUAAUAAUAUAAAUAAAAUAUCUUUGGCAAAGUCAAUGAUAAAUUUAAAUAAUACAUUUGAAGCUAAAAUUGAUAGAGAAACCCCGAAACAAUAUCUUGAAAGAAUGAUGUAUAGUGUUUCUAGAUCAAAAUUGGUUACCAUAUUAACUCAAAAAGCUGACGUAUUUCAUCAAUCUGCUCUUAAAGCUUAUAUGAAACUUUUUGAGUUUGAAAAGGUUCCUAUCGAUCUUGCGUUAAGGAAGCUUUUAAUGGAAUGUAAUUUACCAAAAGAAACACAACAUAUUGAUCGAGUUAUAGAAGCAUUUGCUAAAAGUUAUCAUGAAUCAAAUCCUGAUCUGUUUCCUUCUGCAGAUACUCCUUAUAUGCUUGCGUUCUCUUUAUUAAUGCUUCACACAGACGUUUAUAAUAAAAAUGUAAAACAAAAGAUGACAAAGGAAGAAUUUGUUAAGAAUACACGAAUCGAUGGUGUUAACCCAGAAAUAUUAGAGAUUCUCUAUGAUAAUAUCACGUAUACUCAAUUUAUAUAUGCUCAAGAUGAUACUGAUGUUAAUGGUCAAACAAUGCUUGGAUCGCCAACGCAUCGUCAAAUAAAAUUAUUCUCUUCAAAAGAUCGAAAAAAAUCUAUACGUUUUAAAAAUGAUCCUUACUGGGUUAUACAAACCAAAUUACCCACGGAAUUCAAACCUAAAAUUAAAGACAUUAUUCCUACAGAAAAUCCUUAUUCCUAUAUGGGAACUUUACCAGCUUUAGAUAUAACAAAUCUUUAUCGUGUAUUUUCUACAACUAAUACCAUUAAGAUUACUGGUGUUAAAAAUAGACGUAAUAGUCAUACAUCAUUUAAAGACACUUCUAAUUCUAAUAAAUCAACAAAUAAUGAUGAUGAUGGAACUUUUCUUUUAAAUAUAACUAAAAGUGGUAAACUUGGAAGAAAAGUUGAUUUAAUUGAUGGUAAAAGAAGGAAUAGUUUUAUAAGGAAUUGGAAAAUAUAUGGUGUUAUAUUAAGUGGUAGUCAAUUAAUGUUCUUUAAAGAUGAAACAAUGUUCAAUGUACAAAUGAAAAGGUUAAAUAAUUACAAGGAUUCAUCAUCAAUAUCGCCAGUCUUAAAACCUGAUGCAAUACUUAUGACAGCUGAUUCUGUGGCGGUAUAUGAUAAAAAUUAUGAUAAACAUAAAAAUGUUUUUCGAUUAGUAUGUCCAAAAGGUCAUCAAUAUUUAUUUAAAGCUGAAAAUGAAGAAGAAAUGAAUGAUUGGAUAUCAAAGAUUAAUUAUGCUGCUGCAUUUAAAACUGCUGGAUUAAAGAUGAGAAAUAUUCGUAAUCCAAACAUUGGACAAUUAAGAAGAGGUGUUGGUACUAGUAAUUUUAAACUUGGAAUGUUUGGUUAUAGUCAUGAUGAUGCUGCUAAAGAAGCUCAAGGACGUACUAAUUUGAUUCGCUCAAAAAUUAAUGAACUCCAGGGAAAGAUUUCCGCAUUAACAUCACAACUUCAAGCUGAUAUUAGAUUUAGAAAUAAUUUAUUUCUAAUGAUACCAUAUAAAGCAUCAACAAGAGAUCGUAUAUUAAAAGUUGCAACAUUAGUAGGAUCUCGAUUAAAACAUACAUGUUUAGAAUUAAGUAAACUUGUAUGUUAUAAUGAAAUUUUAGAAAAAGAUUUAUGUUCUACAGUAAUGGAAGAUAAAACUUAUUGGCAAAAUAGAAGAAGUUAUUUUACACCUGGAGAUAAUUUAAUUGAUGAUGAUAAUAAUCCUUUAAUUAUUUCUACAAAUACAAAUUUAUCUUCAAAAUCUUUAAGUGUUCCUGAAACUUUUGGUAAAUUAUUUAUUAAAGAACCUAUUAGUAAUAAUAAUAAAUUACUUGAUCCAACUGAAAGAAUUAAUGAAACUAAUACAAGACCUGCUACAAUGGGUUCAUUCCUUCGUAGUUCUACUUCAUCAUUAUCUUUAAAUUCAAGUACUGGUGAAUCUAGUAGAACUUCACUUUCUACUAGUGGUGAUAGUGAAGAAGGUUAUGAUUAUCCUGGUAAUAUUUCUGAAUAUGAAAUGGAUGAUCGUGAUGAUUAUAGUUUUAGAGAUGAUGCUAGUAGUAUAAUUGCUCUUGAUGAUUAUAAAGAACAAUUUUCUUUAAAUAAUGAAAUUGAAAAUGGUGAUUAUAAUUCUAAUUUAUAUGAUGUUGAAUCUAAUUAUGAUGGAAAAAAUUCUGAAGGAAUAGAAAUUCGUGUAACUAAAUUUACUGAAGUUACAUCUAAUGAAAAUGAUGAAAAAUUUGAAAAUGAAAAAUCUAUUAUUAAAAAGAAUUCAAAAGAUCAAUUUCAAAUUAAAAGAACUCAAUUAAAUUUGGAAUCUGUUAAUUCAAGUAUAGGAUUAAUGUCUAAUAAUUUAUCGAUACCUGUUCUUGUUAUAUCUACAGUUGAAGAUGAAUUAUCGACAGAAGAUAAAAUAAGUGAUGAUUUUAGUGACCAUUUUGUUGAUGCUGAAGAAUAUAGUCGUAGUUUUAUUUAG